GGGCAUAAAGUCUAUUGUCCUGACCAGUUAUAUGAUCUGCUCUGCUGAUUUAGAAUAAGAUGCCCUGUUGACCUUUAAGAUAUCUAUGAUAGAUAUCUGAGCAGUGGCUCAGUGGUGCGUGUAGGUUGUCUACAAACCGGAAGUUUGGUGGUUAAAUCCCCCACUCCACCAGACCAAGUGUCGAGGACGAAGUGUCCUUGAGCAUGACACCUAACCCCACAUGCUUCUGACGACCUCUAUGGCGUCUUGCAUGGCUGACACCGCCGUCAGUGGAUGAAUGAGUGAUUUGAAUGGGUAAAUGUGAGGCAACUUGUGAAGCGCUUUGGAUGGCCAUGGGUCUGUUGAAAGUGCUAUAUAAAUGCAGUUCAUAAAUACAGAUCUGUUUUUAAAAGGAAACAUUGAUUGACUUAGACAUUUUACCAUCCAUAUUUCUUCACAUUUUAAAGGUGAACUAAACUAUUUAAUGCACUAUGUAUACAUUUUGUAUGCAUUGAGAUUUUUUGAUACCAUUUCAACACCAACUGAAUGUAGUAUUGCAUACCACUGUUACCAAUAUAAGUAUAAGUCUUACUAGUAACAUUAGAAAAACGUAGAUAAGACAAAUAUAAAGUGAAUUUUUAAAAUGCGCUGUCCAGUUUUAAAGAGGCCACAGCGUAUUUUUGAAAAACCUGUUAACUCAGAUGUUUUUUAACUGUGCAUUACUUCUGUUAUUUGGUGCACAGCCUACAGUAGCUUAUGUCAGUUUAGACAGUGCUUCACAUAGUAUUUUAGGAAGUGACGUGGCCACCCACCAUCAGGAAAUGGACUGUUUUUUUAGUAGAUGUAAGUCAUGGGCUGAGGGCAGAUGGGCCAUGUACCGCAAUCAAGUACUAAGAGCAUUUUGAUCGUAAGGUAAGUUAAGAACGGAGAUAAACUGAAAGGGGUCGUUGGAAGAUACAAGCAAAACUGUGCAGCCACUGUAGCAGGGCAGUAUUUAUUACAAUCUGGUAUCACAAGACGUAAGCACAUCCUGGACAGUCCACAAUGUGUGAGGUGUUAAUCGUUCAUACCUGCGAGGCCACUGAAUGGGCCGAUUAUUUAAAGCAAAUCUUGACUGCAUCACGUAGCUUUCUGGAGGACUCCAUCGUUUUGUAUAAUAUAAAUGAAAAUAUUUUGUUGAACAGUCAGGAGCUGUUUGGCUCCUGCAAGUGCGUCAUACCUUUAAUGUCUGCAGAGUUCAUGGACAUGCAGAAUGACCCGCACAUACUGGACACUUUUCAGGAUUUUCUCCAACCCCCUUACAAAGUUGUUGCAUUUUUGUGUGGAUUAUCAGAACAGGAAAUAUCCGUGGGCUAUUUUGAACACUGGCAGUUUUGGAGAAAGCUCAGUUCAGAUGAUGAACCAUCAGUAUAUGUUUCUACUGUACUGGAGUGCAUUAAUGACGGAUGUGUUGAUGAAAAUUGCCAGGAGAUUGCUAAUAUUCAACUAGAAGAGCAGAGAGAUUCACAAGAAGACAAGGAUGACUUCAUAUUUCCUGACAUUCCUGAAGAUUUACCUUUGCAUGAUGAGAUAGAACAGCUAAAUGAUGAUGUUCCUGACAUUCCUGAAGAUUUACCUUUGCCUGAUGAGAUAGAACAGCUAAAUGAUGAUGUUGUUCCUACUGAGCAAGCUUGUUUAAAUGUCUCGGAGCCAUCGCUUGAAGAUCAGUCCUGUCUCACUAUUCAACCAGACAGAGUGCUACGUGGGACUUGUGUGAAUAUUUAUAUAAUCAUGAUGAAGAAUCUGGAUGACGAAGAUGGCCUGGAAGUGGAGUUUAGCGCCGAACACUCGACAGCAAAACGAAUGCCUGCGACUCUUGUAAACAAGUGUAUUGUUACUGUACAAUCACCUGAUAUGCCAGCUGGGAUAGUCACAGUAACCCUUUAUAAAAACGACUCAGCAGUCUGUUCAUCCACAGUAAAAUAUUACACAGAAAUGGAAGAAAUUUGCACAUACCUAGAAAAAAUGUCGGACCCUAUGCAGUUCAUGUGUCAGGCUUUCAACAUCGCAUCAAAUGUGCCUGAGUCACUGGAUAUUUUGCUUGCUGACUCUCUCAAAAACCGGAUGCCUUUGUGUGGAUUAGAGAUGUUUAGUCAAGUUGAACAGGAGAACACAACAAGCAAUAGUCGUGAUGUGGAACUUCCAACACUGCUUCACUUCUCUGCUAAGUACGGUUUAAAGAAAUUGACAUCUUUGUUAAUGCGGUGUCCUGGAGCUUUGCAAGCCUACAGCUUGAUGAACAAAGAUGGGGAUUACCCUAACAAACUAGCAGAAAAGAAUGGCUUCUCCGAUUUAAAACAGUUUAUGGAUGAAUAUGUUGAAACAGUGGACUUGGUUAAGGUCCAUAUGGAAGAGUCCCAGGACAGCCCUGAGAAUGAAAUCUAUGAAGACAUGUUGACAAAAUCCCAAAAUUUUAUCACAGGAUUUGAUAAUGAGGACAUUUAUGAGUCUAUGAUAAAACUCAAUCCUGAGAUGAAUUUGUAUGAGGACCUAGAGAGUGUUAUGGAAGACUCCAACCCAGAAGAGAGAAUGCUGAGAAAGUUUUUUGAAGCAAAACCUGGCAAGUGUUUACAGUCUGAACCUACGUUAAACAAUGGAGAAUUACCUGACAUGGAUGGUGAAUACCAUGACAUGGGCGUUGACCCAGAAGUUUACGGUGAAUUGGAGGAGGAGGAGGAUCCGUACAAUCCAUGCUUCCCCGAUGAUGUUUAUGAUGUUGUGGAACCGCAUCCCAAUGUUCCUGACCUUCUCAAUCGACCACCUGCACCCAUUCCAAGACCGGUCCAUAAACAAAAUCCUGAGGAGAAUGCCACUUACAUUUCCAAAGUGUUUUCAACUAAAGACCCUCCUCUAUACUCCGUAAGCAAAAAGCCAGAAAAGGAUAUUUCUAUAGCACCUGUACGGCUGGUGAGAGACAGGGAAAUGAGCAGUGAGUAUGACCCAUAUGCUGGCAUGAAGACUCCCGGACAAAGGCAGCUCAUCUCUCUACAGGAAAGAGUGAAGGUGGGUGAGCUGACCGUUGAAGAGGCUGUUCACGAGUUUAAGGCUUGGCAGUUUGAUCAAGACGGAAGGUCGCAUUCACUCCGAUAUCAGCAGGACAAUUUACAGAAGUUAAGAGACAGCAUCACUCGACGCUGUCGAAACAAAGGAACAAACGAGCUUAUGAUUACAGCACCAAUGCAAACAAACGUUAAUUGGGUCCCUAAUAAGAACAUAAAUUGCUCGGUGUAUGAAUCUACACCUCGUUCGAUUACCCAACCCCCUCCUGUGAGCAGACCGCUGCAGAGAGGAAGCUGGCAGACAGGAAGCACCUCAAGCACUUCUAUAGGUAGUAGCAGUCACAGAUUGAGCAUUCAGAGCACGGUCAGCUCCAGCAGCGGAGCAGAAGGAGAAUUUGAGGAGCCUCCGGAUAUUCCACUCCCUCCACGGCCCACUCGCCCUGCAGCAGAUAAUCCACCUGUGCUCCCUCCACCCAGAGUCCCACCACGACUACCAGAGCGGAAUGCAGAGAGUUCGCUCCAUGAACGUUAUGUAUCAAAUCCCUCCCGUGCAUUACCUCCAGUGACGCCCGCUCAAAGGCCCAUGCCACCUCCACCGAUACCAAGACGGACGUGGUGAAGACCUACUUCAACAUGGGUGGCUUUCAUUUUGUUUCACUGUGCAAUUUAUAUGCUGAACUUUUUAAAGUGAGCUCAAAUGUCCAUUUAUGGUGGGACAAAAGACUUUCGCUCCGACUUCAGUGUUUUUCAAGUGCUGAAAUUUAUCAGACAACCUGCAAUGAAAAUAACCAUCUUAUUAAUUUCCAUUUCUAAAUGGUUUCAGAUGAAGGAAUGCAUUCUGUUUUAUGGUUAAACUGAUAUUGUUGUUUGGUUGCUCUUCAGUUUGACCACUCUGAAUAUUGAUAGGUAUAGCAAACAGCAAAAUUAAGAAUUUGCCUACUUUUUUUAUUUAAACUUUGCAUGACAAAAUACAUUCUGUAAUCAUUUAAGUAGCCUAUAUUUAUUAAUGGAUUCGCUUUUCAAUGCUGGUUAUGUUAAAUAUCACUCUUUACUGAGCUAUAUAGAGUAGAUAAUGAAAGCAGUAUAUUUAACAGCACAAAAUGUGUGAAUGCAUGGUGUUAAGAGAGCAAGUGACAGUGUGAGUGGCUGUAUGUGUGUUUUUCGCUGUCCCUUUAUGUUUGUUGAACCACGAUGACACAUUCGAUUAAAUACAUGUUUCUUUUUUA